GAGCUGUCAUGAUAGGGAAGAAGCUGAUUACGUUGUUGUACACUUGAAGGCCUCAAAAUACCCCUACUUUCCGCCCUUGGCGCUCCCAUACUUUCCUUCCUGAAUUCACCCCAUGUCACUACUACUCAUGUAAUUUUGGCUACUUUCUCUGUUGUGUCUUGUUCCUCCGCAACGUUGGGUUGAAUCGCAUCCUGCCAGGGCAUAUUUCCAGUGUUUCGACUGCCACCUUGGAUGGAAUAAACUACUGGUCAUCGUCUCUCCUGUCUCUGAUAUAUCAUCCUUUGCGUUGAGAAGAGGAAGAUGUUUUCGUCUGCUCUCAAGUCCCUGAGCUCCAAUAUAUCAUCCAACUACCAGAUCUCUCCGCAUCCCACCGUGGUCUCUGGUCCGUGGAAAAUCCAUGACGGAAAGAAGAAAUCGACCGGCACUGCCGCGUCCAUAUUUAUCUUUGACAAGAAGGUCCUGGAACCGCGGUCAGGCGGAAUUGGGGGUCGUUCCAGUUCUUCUAUAAAGAAGUCGCAAGAAGAUGCUGUUGAACGCCUGAAACGGGAGGCCAGCAAUCUUGCGCGGCUCCGACAUCCAUCAAUCCUUCAGGUUCUAGAGCCUGUGGAAGAAACACGCAGUGGGGGUCUCAUGUUUGCUACAGAACAUAUCACUGCAUGUCUCUCUGGAUUGCUGCAGGCUAAAGAUACGAAUGAGAAUGCUUCUAGGAUUAGUUCGAGGUCUAGCCGUUACAUGGUAGAAGAGAUCGAUGGAACGCGGAGGCGGAGAGACCUCGACAUUGACGAAUUAGAGAUCCAAAAAGGUUUAUUGCAAGUCGCGAAAGGUCUCGAAUUUCUUCACGAAUCCGCGGGACUUGUCCACGGGAACCUGAACCCCGAAGCCAUCUACAUCAACGCCAAAUCCGAUUGGAAAAUAUCUGGGCUUGGAUUUGCAGGUCCUCCUGAUUCUACCGGAUCACGAUCUUCUCUUCCUCCUCUGGCCCUGUCAGAAGUACUUUACCAAGACCCACGACUACCCCCAUCCGUUCAGUUGAAUCUGGACUUCACUUCGCCUGAUUUUAUUCUGGAUUCCCACGUGACGCCUGCUGCAGACUUGUUUUCUCUUGGGCUUAUAAUUGUAGCCCUCUACAACUCGCCUCAUGUUUCUCCCAUGCAAACUAAUUCGAAUCUAAAUACGUACAAAAAGCUUUUAAGCUCACCAUCCAGUACUCCGUCGCAAGGCAACAACUUUUUGUCUUCGGGCCCAAUUCCAAGGGAUGUCCUUUCGCACGUUCUGCCUAGGUUGAUAACAAGGAGGCCAGCUCAACGCCUCAACGCUCGAGAAUUCCAGCAGUCCCAAUAUUUUGAUAAUAUAUUGGUCUCGACUAUUCGUUUUAUGGAAUCUCUACCUGCGAAGAACUCCAAUGAAAAAUCGCAAUUCAUGCGCGGACUGCAACGGGUCAUACCCGAAUUUCCAGUCUCUGUGCUGGAAAGGAAAGUUCUCGGUGCCUUGCUGGAAGAGAUGAAGGAUCGCGAGCUCUUGCCUCUUAUCCUGGGCAAUGUAUUCGCAAUUCUACAGCGCAUCCCGAAUGCACGUCGCACGUUUCCGGAGAGAGUAAUUCCUCAACUGAAAGAAGCUUUUCCGACAGGGAAAGGAGCUCCUAAUGAACGCGACUCUAAGCGAGAUGCGGGUCUUAUGGUCGUGCUCGACAACAUGAAAGUUGUGGCAGAUAACUGCUCCGGGAAGGAGUUCAAAGAAGACAUUCUACCAUUGAUCCGGCUGGGACUUGAUUCCUCAACACAUUCAUUGGCCGAUGGUGCAAUCAAAUGCCUACCGGUAAUUCUUCCGGUUCUUGAUUUUAGCACCGUAAAAAAUGAAGUCUUCCCUCCAAUUGCAUCUACCUUUAGUCGAACAAACAGUCUUGCCAUCAAAGUACGUUGCUUGGAGGCAUUCACUGUUCUCUGCGGCGGCUCUCUGGAUAGAAAGGAAGCAAAUGAAGAUGAUCUGUCGGGCAUGGUCCAAAAAAGCAAAUCGCAAUCCGCCAAAUCGUCCAUAUUGGACAAGUAUACGAUACAAGAGAAGCUCGUCCCAUCAAUGAGGGCAAUUAAAACAAAGGAACCGGCCGUAAUGAUGGCUGCCCUUGGAGUCUUUCGACAAAUCGGGACUGUUGCGGACACCGAUUUCCUUGCGCUAGAAGUCCUGCCAGUCCUAUGGAGCUUUAGCCUGGGCCCUCUCCUUGACAUUCACCAAUUUGCGGAAUUCAUGACAUUGAUUAAAAGUCUUUCGUCUAAGAUUGAACGUGAACAGACCAAAAAGCUCCAAGAGCUUUCUUCGGGGGGAGAUUCCGGCGGAUUUUCAAACGGCGCCGGAGGUUCGUCUACAGCCUUGAAUACCUCAAGUCACUCUAGCAUGGAUAAUACAAGAGAUAAUUUUGAGCGUCUUGUCCUGGGACGAGGAGCGGUAACUCCAAAUAACCAGGAUACUGACCCGUGGGUGAACCUCGCUCAGGGAUCUUCAACGACACAGGCGACUGCUCAAAAAUCGGCAUCUCUUGGAUUUUCUUGGUCGUCUAGUACUGCGAUCCCAACCCCGAAAGGAAGCGUGACUUCCACGGUCUCGAGUCUAAACGUGCGGUCGGUAACUCCUGACUAUAACUUGAGCUCUUUCCCAUCCCUGGACCCCGCUACCAUGACCAAGUCCCCCUCAGCGCAAGCAUUCCCUACGCUACAACAUCCAACUCCCUCUUCCUGGAAUAUCCCAACUGCUCUAAACAACCAACGAUCAUCCCAGCAGUCGAACGUUCCCGGUCCUUCCCUUGGUGGGCUGGCCAGCAUGAAGGCAAAUGCUCCUAUGUCAGGCCAAAGCCCCCAGCCCGUCCCUAACUAUUCCGCUUUCUCUAUUCCCCCACCCCCAUCAAUCCAUGGCUCCAUAGGAUCAUUUGGGGGCCCUGGUGGACUCGCCAACACUGGGGUGUCUGUGACUGCCACGCCCAGUCCGUUCCGGAACAACCCUUCGCUCCCACCACAAGGCACACCGAAGCAAGGCCUUGACAAAUAUGAGAGUUUGCUAUGACUUGGGGGUAAGAUAUACAAUUGACUUGAUCAUUAUGUGCAUAUUGUAGCCACUAUGCUUCGACGUUCUUUGGUUCUCCUUCUCGAUCGUAGUCACAGGUUGGGCAUACACGAUAAUGCAUCACUCUGUUGCUGCCUCGGACGUGGUUUAGAAGAGGACUCCCAACAUUUAGUGUGUUCUGUUCCUCAUCAUUAUUGCAGCACUGUGGAGAGAUGCGGAUAUCCACCCUCCAUUGAACCUGGACAAUAACAACUUAGUCACACGAUAGGCGUUGUCCG